CCUGACGUCUUGUCUAUUUCGUGGCUAUUGUGCGAGGGCAGCAGCAACAGGCGCCGGGGUAGCCGGAUGUUCCUGGCAACGAGCAAGUUCUAACGCCUGUUAGUCCUCUCAGUUGGUGCCCAGCUAUCUUUCUAGCGUCGCAUGCAUGCAAUGGACCGCCGCCUGCCGCAGGUUUGGGCGAAGAGGUGUGGGUGCGUGCGGUUCUGCCGCUGCGAGCUGCUCGCUGAUGGUGGAAUUGUUGGUUUUCGAUGGCGGUUCAGAUCAAAGAUCUCAUUUUCGCGUGCCCGCCCCGCGGAACACAUUCCUCGGGGCGGGAGGGCAUGUUUAUUGUAUGAUGAGAUGCGGGUUGAACAGCGGCUUUGUGGUUGAUCGCUACGCCUGCAAUUUAGAAUUUUGCAGCGAGUGGCCACUCACGGUGGAGGCGGAAGGGACACAUUCAUCAUUGACAAAGGUUGUGACAGGGCUGAUCAGGCAUUGGAGAAACACGGACGCUUCGAUAAAAGCAAGGAUAGUGUCGAUCCAAGGUUGAUCACCAUGUCCAAGUACACACAACACACACACCAGCACACGUCGCCGUCGACGCGGCCAAAGAACGAUUGCCAUACCAUACCAUGCCCUACUGUCCAUACCUCGCUUGUUGAUACACUCGAAUAACACGACCUUGGUGCACGAGAAGGCCUGAUCGAUCGCCCUAUGUCAGGGAGAUGACGAUGCUAGGACCGUGAAACAGUCAGGAACCCAACCCAACAGCC